UUUAGAGAUAAUCAAAAUUAGCUGUUUUCAUUUUCGUAAGCAUGGACAUUAACCCAAUAAUCAGAUCUAUUCUCAGCCGCUUCAGAGGCUGCACCAUCAGAAGUUAUCUGGUUGUCCUGCCCGAUCAGAGUCGCAUAGAAAAUCAACUAAAACUGGAGGAUCUGCAAACAGAACGCGGAAUCUUGGAUCUGCAAUCCCAUGAGCUGGCACUCAAGCAAAAGCGCGUCGAGGCCAAUCUAACCGACCUGACCCGCUGCAUCCGUGGCAUGGAGUUCGAUGUGAAGGUGAAUUCCAAUCGCGAGAGGAAGGAGAGAAAAUCUGAUCGACGCCCCCCAGCUGAUAAGAAAUCACCCAAAGUCGGUGAUUUCAGCGAAUAGCAAAAUCCCCCCGGGUGCUUCCCAAUCCCAAGGGCAUACGAGUGCAGCGUAUAAAAACAAGCUAUUGCCGGAGGUCGGCAUUCAGAUUCACUUGAGAUUGCCAACCAUGAAGCUGAUCGCAUUGUGCUGCCUGCUCCUUUUGGGCCUCCUGGGCUUCCUAGCUGCUCCCGGCGUCGCCUCGCCAUCUCGCCACACUGGACCAGGAAACGGAUCGGGAUCUGGAGCUGGGUCCGGAAAUCCGUUCAGGUCUCCAAGCUCACAGCAACGACCACUGUACUACGACGCUCCGAUUGGGAAACCAUCGAAGACUAUGUACGCCUGACGUAAAGAAUGAAACAAUAAAGAUUUGAAACGCCUAAACU